AUGCUGCCCGCGGGGCGCGCGCGAGCCGGGCAGCCGCAGCUGCGGGUGCAGGGGGCCGCCGCGCCGCUAGGGCCCGCGCAGGUGGUCACCGCCGGCCUCCUGAGCCUGCUCGUCGUCUGGACUCUGCUGGGCAACGCGCUGGUGUGCGCGGCCGUCGUGCGUGGCCGCCAGCUGCGCGCCAAAAUCGCCAACGUCUUCAUCGCGUCUUUGGCUGUGUCGGAUCUCCUCGUGGCGCUGCUGGUCAUGCCCUGGAAGGCGGUGGCCGAGGUGGUCGGCUACUGGCCCUUUGGGGCCUUCUACGACGUCUGGAUGGCCUUCGACAUCAUGUGCUGCACCGCGUCCAUCCUGAACCUGUGCGUCAUCAGCUUGGACCGCCACUGCGCCAUCUCCAGCCCCUUCCUCUACCAGCGCAGGAUGAGCCGGCGCGUGGCCUGGGUCACAGUGGGCCUGGUCUGGGCCCUGGCGGUCCUGGUGUCCUUCAUCCCCGUGCAGCUCCACUGGCACCGUGACCCGGCCGGCUCCUGGCGUGGGCCGGCCGCUCCCAACGGGACAGCCGGGGUGGGCAGCUGCGACUCCAGACUGAACCGCGCCUACGCCAUCUCCUCAUCGCUCAUCAGCUUCUACAUCCCCGUGGCCGUCAUGCUGGUCACCUACUGUCUCAUCUUCCGCAUAGCGCGCGCGCAGACCCGCCGCAUUGCUGCCCUGGAGCGCGCAGUGCAAGCGCGCUGCCUGGGCGCAUCCAUGCAGAGUGAGGCCAAGGCCCUGCAGAUGCUGUUGGUGAUCGUGGGCGUCUUCGUGUGCUGCUGGCUGCCCUUCUUCGUCCUCAACUGCACGGUCCCUUUCUGUAGCGGCGCCGGCUUCCCCUGUGUGGGUGAGACCACCUUCGACGUGUUCGUCUGGUGUGGCUGGGCCAAAUCCUCGCUCAACCCCAUCAUUUACGCCUUCAACGCCGACUUCCGCCGGGUGUUUGCCCAGCUGCUGGGCUGCGGCCGCCUCUGCCCGGGCAUGGCCGGGCAGGCGGUGGACCUCGGCCAAGAGCUGACCCCCUGUGGCCAGGUCACUGCCGUCCACCGGGAGAUGGCCGCCGCCUGCAGCCAGGUGAUCUCCAAUGCAGUGAACCCGGGAGAGCCCAAGGGAGAGGAGGAGGAGGAGGAGGGACCUUCUGAUCCCUGGUGUGUCUCAGGCACCUCUCCAGAGCAGGAGGCUGUGGCCCAGUCAGCUUGGGAGCUGGACUGCCAGGGGGAAAUCUCCUUAGAUAGAAGACCGCCUUUCACCCCAGGGGGUCUUCACUGA